GCUGUCAAAGGUGAUGCUGCUCUCUCCGUGUUUCAAUCGCUAACAUUAUUUUUUUUUAAGCCUUAUAAGUUAACAAAGUACAACUUUUACACAUUCACAUUCAAAACACACACCGCGGUGUCCGCUAUUGCCGUUCGAAGUGUAACUUUUGGCCAUUGUGACAUUUAAAUAUCCCUCAGCACUCAUGCAGUGGAUCUGCAGCAAGGACCGCCAGCGCUGCAUGAUCAGCCCGAGGCCACCGCCACCGCACGGCCGUUGCUCGAAAACUCGUCGGCAAGCGUCGGAGCCGCGCGCCCUCCUGGUUGACUCCGGGGAGCUGGUCGACCUGCCGGGCUGUCACCGCGACACUCGCGUGCGGCAGGUGAAGGAGCUCCUGGAGAUCACAGCCGGAAUCCCGAGUGACCUCCAGCGGCUGAGCUACCUGGACGAAGGAGACCUGGCAGAUGAGGCCACCCUGUGCUCCCUGGACACAGUGGCAGGGGCAACGCUGGGCGUGCGCGUGUGGCAGCAUGACGGCUGGCACCGGCUGGUGGCGGCUGCCCUCCGGGGAGACCCAGAGGUGCUGCGUCUGGGAGUGACGGACGACCUCAGCUACGGCGACUUCCGCACCCCGCACGCCGCUCGUCUGGCAGCCGCCGACCUCUCGGCGUGGCGCUCUCGGCGCGCGUUCGUGGCGCUCUUCGCCGCCGCGCACCGUAACCACGCCGGCCUCGUGGGGCUCUUGCUCCGGCACGGCGCAAGCGCGAGCGCCACCACCCCUUGCGGCCGCACGGCCCUGCACGCGGCGGCCGCCAGCGGCAGCCUCGAGGCCUUGCACAAGCUCCUGCGGCACGGCGCCCCCACGGACGCCCGCGAUGCCGCGGGGCUGACGGCGCUGGAGCUCGCGCGCCGCUGGGCUCCCCGCAGCGCCGGCGCGGACCACGCGAUCUUCCGCUUCGUGUGGCACGAACGGGCGCAGGCGAUGCGGCCGCCACCGACGUGGCUCGACCCCGAGGAGCUCAUGGCGCACCAGCGCUUCGACUCGGUGCUGCGCACCACCUUGGACGGGCGGCGAGCGCAGAGGUACCAGGCCUGCCUGCUGCCCGUGUGUCCCGCCAGGGGGCCGGCGGGACAGGGACGGGGUCGCGGGGGCAGGAGGAUGGGGAGGCCCUCGGGGAAGAGUUCACGUCGGGGUGCACUGCUCGUGUUGGCGAGGAGAGCUUUCCCUCGCCUGGCUGAAGAAGCGCUCGAGGAUCUCGUGGUCGAGCACCUCAUCGCCUACGCUUGCCGCGCCGGCGUUGUAAUGCCCGUGGUGACGCCGGGGGAACGCACCUCGCUGUGGGCUGCCCGGACCAUCCAAGCCCACGAGCAGGUCAUGGGCCGGGCGCCACCCGUGGGCCCGAUAGCUGGCGCGGCGGGGGGGAACAGCCGAGCCGUUGCCGCGGCGCUACUGGGUCCAGCGACACCAACCGCCGAACCUGCACCGUCGCCACAGGCUGCCUGUGGAGCAGCUGGGGACGGACCCCCGACGUCUGAGACGGAGCCAUCGCUACGGGAGGUGUACGCGGCGAUCCGGGGACUGGCGGAGCAGAGGGACCAGGGGCGCGACCAACCGCCGCGUCGCUGGCAGCCGCCUCUACAACAUCGCGCCGAGCCCCCCCGACGGAACGCCCCGUGGGUCUGCCACCGUUGUGGUCGAGAGGGGCAUGUGGCGAGGGGGUGCCGCACAGAGCCGGAGGCCGCCAACGUCACCUGGAACCCGCCGGGGCCGAACGCCGACAGGAUCCAGGCGAGUGACACCGUCCCGCCCGGCCUCUCGGUCGGGCCGAGCAAUUAUAAUUCCGACGCCGCGAACUUACCGGGAGUCUCCUCGGGGUGGGCGCCGUCGGUGUCGUUCCCCGGUCCCCAUUGUCCGGGUCGGGGGAAGGGGAUCGCGCCGGGGAUAGCGCCGGGGACUGGGAUUGCGUCGCGACCAGGGGUGGCGUCGCGACCCGGAGUGGCGUCGCGAACGGACGUGACGUUGCAUCCGGGAGUGAUGUCGCGGCCAGGAGUGGUGUCGCGGAUCGCGCCGGGAAUUGCGCCGGGGCCGUGGACCACGUCGGGGAUCGCGCCGAGGCCGGAGACCGCCAACCCAAGUACAACAGCGACUCGUCACACGCGCGUCCGGAUCUACACGGAGUCGUGA